UCAAUAAAAAAAAUUAUGUAGUACAAUAUUAUGGUAUCAAAAUUAAUUUUUGCCAGUGCAGUCAUAGUAACAGCUACAACAUUCUUCCUAUUUGGAGCCUAUUGCCAACACGUCGACGUAUUGAGAAACUUACAAAAAGUCAUACAAAAUGAUCCAUACGCGUUUUUCAUGCGCUCCAAACUAUAUGACUCUUUUCGAUUUUUCGGAAUCAACGAAGAUGAAUAUGAGGAACCAACACGUAUGCAACAGAUCAUGAAAUAUGGUUUUCCUAGUAUGGAUGAUGUGCGUCUUUAUUCCGAUUUUGUACUCUCCUAUGAUCGUAGAAAUCGUGUUGCACAUUGGGUAUACGAACAUUUAACUGCAAACUGCCUUAGAAAUAAUGCCGGUGUUAGGAGGCGUUAUGCACACUAUCUACCCGACAUGAGUGUACCAUCAAAUUUUCGUACAGAUACAACUGAUUAUUCAUGUUCUGGAUUUGAUCGUGGUCAUUUGGCUGCAGCUGGCAAUCAUAAAUGUCAACAAAUGCAUUGUAAUGAAACGUUUUAUUUAACCAAUAUUGCACCGCAAGUGGGAAGAGGAUUUAAUCGCGAUGCCUGGAAUAAAUUAGAAAUAUAUAUUCGUGAGCUAACUGAACGUUAUAAUUCUGUAUAUGUUUGCACUGGACCACUUUAUAUGCCAAAAGAGAAACCGUCUAAUAAGUAUUGUGUAGAGUAUCAGGUAAUCGGACCAAAAACUAUAGCUGUUCCAACACACUUUUUUAAAGUUAUUACUGUGGAAUCAAAACUACCUGGUGGUAGUCCGUAUAUGGAAGCAUACGUAAUGCCAAAUGCACCAAUAGACAGCGAUAUUGAUAUUCGUGGUUUUCUCAGUGAUAUUAAGGUUAUCGAACGAAAUUCUGGUCUACAAUUUUUUAAAGGUAUAAGACGUUGUGAGUUUUUCGGUACUAAUUUUAAAACUGUUCAUGAGUUAUAUAAAACGUUUCAAUAAAAACCAGGUCUAAAAAGUUUCAUUGCUUGCAA